AUGGCUUUGGGCUUCAUCGUACCGACCCUGGUGUUAGCACUGACACCACCACCACCCAAAAAAUGUGGCGACAUCAGAGACUGGAUGAAAAAAGCAGUUGAAAUUGAAGCCCUGGUGAGACUGGCCGGCAAAUCUGCGGAAGCCAUGCCCGGCAUCUUGGGCAGCAUCAUGUCAUGGUUGCUGGGCUUGUUGUUGAAAACGGUCACAUGGCUCGACCAGAACCUGUGGGCGUACAUCGCCCACAGAACAUCGGCCGGUGUAACAUCUGAACCUACAGAAGAGUUCAUUGAAGAAAAGCCUAAGGUGUUCUUGAGGAAGGCAUUGGGAUCUCUUCGAGAAAAAGUGACGGGAAUCCAGAAGAGGAAGAAAUAUUCUGGACAAAAGCCCAAACAGCCUUUGGUGGACAGUCUUCCUCAUGCCUCUCUGGUGGAUUAUCCUUCUGUUACACCAUCAAUAGUCGCACUAAAGGAAUUGGUUUCUGAUACAUCAAUGGGGGAUGUUGCUUCUAUUAGUUCACAGGACUCACCAGAGGAUUUAUCUUCAGAUAGAUCAGGCUCUCAGAUAACAACACUGGAGGAAACUCAUGAGUGUUUUGAGGACGUAGAGAAGCUUACAGAAGACCUGCAUAUCGUUGAUAAGGAGAAGGACAACAAAAUUAUGCAGCUUAGUCCUCUAUAUACAGCUGAGUGGCAAAACACAUUACGUUACUUGAGCCGGAACAUAGGCAGCCUUUCAAGGUUGCAAGAGCAACAGUCCAGACUUGAUACGACUGAUUAUGAAUGUCAUGACCAUCCGAUGUUCGGGGAUUCUUCUGAGAUACCAACUGACUUCCCAGGUACUGACAUUCAAAGGAAACAAAAACAGAAAGGUCAUGUUCUGCAAAUAAGGCAGUUUCAAGAGGGAAGACUUGGCAGAACGCCUUUGUACGCCAUUCUUGAAAGAAUAAUUGCAGAAGACAAGGCAGCCAUAGCCCAUGAAGGAAUUAUUCUGUCUAUGGAGCAAGGUGAUCGACUUGUCUACGUUAUGGGAACUCCUGUUUUGUGUCCUAAACUACAUCUGGACGCCGCACGAGCAAACACAAUGUGGUGCCACAUAACUAAAGACGGUGAGUUGAUCAACUCACCGUCCCACACACCGUCAUAUCAGGAGAGGCACAGGUUACAGAGGUAUUGGGGGACCUGUUCUUCCACCCCCAUCCCCCUUCCUCCACCCCACUCCACCCUCACCCCAGUAUACAGCACACCUAGAUACUGGGAGACACUCAACAUGGUGCAGGUGGUGAGGGAAAUGUGGUAUUGGCCUGUACUGGAGAUGGGGGUGAGUGAGGCAGGACAGGUGGACAGGGGGCUGUGGGUUUCUAAUCAGCGUCGCUCCUGGUGUGUCUGUGUAGAGAGCUGUGUCGGACACCUGGGAAGUAUCUGUACCACGGUGUACAGGCAGGGUAAGCAGGGCGAGUGUCAGCAGAACACCAUGUCCCGCACUCCCGGCACACAGGCCACCUUCCACUAUGGCCUUGUGCUGGAUGUGGCGAGGGGAAGACUCGCAUUUCUCGACUUGAACAGAGAGAUUGUUUUAGCCAAGUUUGACGAGAUGUUCACGGAAGACCUGUACCCCAUGUUUGGUGUUUCGCCGUUGCCAGAACGCGUCACUGUCAACAUGAAGCUGGUCAACGGUGAGGACAUCGACAUCACUGACACAAAGAAGUCUCUGAUUCACGAUGCGCUGACAUAGAAAACACACAAGACGUGAGACUGUGUGACGUUACAGUGUAACAGAGAGAUUUAUACCAGCUGUUUCA